GUGAACCCCGGGCGGGCCGUCUCCGUCUUUACCCUAUAGAAGCUUUAGGGGUAAGUGAAUGAUUCGGGGGGAGGGCUCUUCCAUUCCUACAAGCGGGGUUGAAAUGGCAUCAACACAAGUUCCUUGCACCACACCCAAGAUCGAGAGCGUGCGGCGUCCAGUCACCAAACAGCACAAAUGGUGAGAGUAUACUUAGGGAAAUACAGUUCUUUCUGUCGGCUCCUAGCCUCGUAGUAUAUCGUUACAUUAAUCACCUCGGACAACCUCAUCGCAACCAUACCCAUCCACACCACCUAACAGCCAUCCCUAAUCCAACUUUCACGAUGGGAUCCCAAAAUAUCCUGGCCACACCGCCAACCCCAAGCGCCAUCCUCGAUCCCCUGCUCGAAAGAGUCCGGGCCUUCAACACGCAACCCCCUGUCGGCCUGUGCCAGUUCAACCUCGACGCGGAAAUGCCCCUACUCCUCAACCCGCCCGACGAGCCCGUCCCAUGCAGCGAGCCGCUGGCUCUAUUCGAGGCCGUCAACGCGCACUUCUCCGCCCAAAUCCACGCCUUCUUCCACGCCCUCCACUCCCUCGAGCAACUAGCAGUCAACGAACCAGACCUCAUCCGCCCCACCUCCGGCCUCCAGCCCGAAAUCCAAAUCACCAACCAGUCCUACGACAUCUACCCCGACUGCCUGCACCGCCUCCACCCCAGCCGCCGCCUGACCGUCCAAAACGCCGACACCCUGCCCCUCCUCCACCGCGUCACCCAGCUCCGCGUCCACCCCGAAACCAACUACCAUUGCGAGCCCGGCCUCGACUCCGCGCACCAGCGACCCCUCUCCCCGCGCGUGCCCUUCCAGCUGGCCGCCCGCCUCCCCAACCUCCGCGCGCUGCACUGCCGCUGGCUGUGGGAGCGCCUGCCCGUGGCCUUUUGGUCGCGCGCGCUGCGCGUGUUCGCCCGCGUCUGGGAAGGGCCGUGGCGCGACGCCCGCGCCGAGUUCGCGCGGGGCGUGCGCGACUUUGUGCCCGUGAUGCCGGCCGGCCUGGCCAAGGUGCGGUUGUGGUUCUGGAAGCCGAUAUGGGGUACCGAGAUGGAUGAGGCGGUGCGGAUGCCGGAUCUUGUUAUGGGGGCGUCGUCGAACGCUGAGGAGUUUGGGGGGGUGGAUCCGGUGUCGUGCGGGUUGAGGGAGCUGGGGGGUUGGCUGGAGGAGUUGGAUGUUCGCGCGCUUGUUACCCCGGAUCUUUUUCCUUGUAGCGGUGGUGGUGGUGGUGGUGAUGGGUCAGAGGCGGGCGAUGCCGCCUCGUCGUCGUGGCCGCGCAUGCGGCACCUCAAGGUGGAAUUCCAUCCGUGCGCGCCCACCGGCAGCUGGUACUUCUCUGGCCCCCGGGGUGAAGACCCUUUUCCGACAGGGUUCGCUGUUACGAAAGAGGACCACUACCCGCCGGGCCGGGAAGACAUCGAGGAGACGCACGACUUGUGGUGGCGGGAUGAGGAUGAAUGGGAUGACAUGGGCAAGGACGAGAACAUUUUCCAGCCCCGUCGGCCGGACAUGUUCCGCAUACGGCCCAUCCAGGAGCGUGUCAACCCUCUGCUCCUGGCGUUCGCGUCGUCGCUUGGACGGGAAACAAUGCCGUCCCUCCAAGACGCUGAGCUCUUCACGUGGCUUACGUGGCUGCCUUCUGAGGAGCGGAGGAAAGAGUAUGAAGGGGGCGUUGGGGCGCCUGGGGCUUCUUGGGUUCCGCAAGUAGAUGGCGACUGUCAGGUUAUGUUUCGAUGGGGGGUGAAAUACGAAGCGCCGAAGGGAGACGAGAAAGGGAAAGUGACGUGGCAGGUCGGGGAGAGCUGGAUGCCGGGGACCGAGAUCAUGCGGGCGUUUGAACAUCUUUUGGGCGAGGACAGGGACAAUGUGGAGUGGCAAUCGUUUGACUUUGUAGAGGAUCGGGACUCGUAUAUGGCUGACUAUGAUUGAACGACACAGUACGCCUCAGCCAGCGGGUGAC